GUGUAGGUGUUGGUGGUGUAGGUGUGGCUCUCUUGGUGGUGGCUGUUGCCAUCGCUUCAGUUACUUCGUUGAUGGUUCAUCCCACUCAAUGGACGCCCAGGCCCCUCCCGCCCCUCCAUACCGGCACCGUCCCCGAGCUGGCGGCGUAGUGGCGGUUCAACUCCGGCAAAAGGAUGGCCAGCUGAUUAUCACCGGCAUGCCCAAGCACCUCUUUGAUGACCUGAAGGCACAGAUGAAGAGCACAGCACAAGACGAGACACUGGCGAAGAUGAUCUCAAGAGGCUGGGAUGGCCUGGACCGAUAUGGCGGCGGCCUCGGCGCCUGGCUCAAGCGGCAUCACGCCGCAUACCUGCCGUUCGUCCCCACCAUGGCCGCACCUGCCAGAUCCACUCUUCCACGCAACCUCUCCGAUGAUGAGCUCCAGCAGCUUGUCGACGAGGCCCACUUGCGUGUGCCGGGCUUGGGUAUGGAUCCCGUCUCCAGCGUCCCCUCCGUCUUGCGUCUUGCUAGAGGAGAGAUCGAGCACGAGGUCCUGAUGGCAUUGGAGAGCGAAGAGCCCUUCCCUCUGCUGCGGUCUCUGGGGCUGGAGGACCUCCUCUUGUCCAACCACGCCCAGUACAGCUCGAAGAUCCCAGGCCUCCCACCAGCAUCAUCGCGGCGCAGGAGACGUGACAGUGGCGACGAUGAUGACGUCAGCCGCCCGUCGAAGAGGGGUCCUUCAUAUACAUCUUUCACUUCUCUUCUGCCGGCCGUCGCCCCAUCUCGCCAGCCCAAGAGGAAGGGGAGGUCUCCUGCCGUCGAUCCAGCUUUUCCGCAGAUUUCCAGUCCACCGAGGAAAGUGCGGUCUCCUGAGCGGGACAAGGGAGGGGACGUCGCUGCGGCUGCUGCUGCAGCCCGAGGCCGAUCUGCGUCCCUCUCGCCUCAGCCAAUGGAAGAAGAUCCACCCCCACCACGAGCGGCUGCUGCUGCUGCUGCGGCUGCUUCUGUCGUCAUGCCUAAGGCUGCCCCUGCCCGUCCGCCAGCCGCGGCACCGGCUGCCAAUCAGACCUGAUCCGUUGAGCGAAUGGAUUGGGUCACACGCAUUGUGAUUGACCGUCUUCACAUGUCUGUACAGCGGUGGAUGCAAUCAACACGUCAUGAAAUCCAUGCAUGGAUGGACACGUACGGACGUCCAAUCAGUCGCCACCCAUCCGCCCUCCACAUAUGCCCACAUCUUCUUCUCCCCGUUGUUGAAGACUGAUCCAUCCACAUAUGUGGAUGUGGAUGCCCUGUGUGCCCUCGUGUGUGUACCUCAGAUGAUAGUGCGCUCGGUGGUCUCAAUCAUGCUGUACAGGGAGGCCGGCGGCAUCCACAAAUAGCCGAGAAAACGACCAACAAUCAACCUGAGUGAGGGGAUAGAGGAGUUGACAGUGAAAAGUGUGCGUGUAUGUGUGAUGUGGUCAUGUGUCGUAGGUCACCGUGAAGCACAUCGAGUGGGCUCUCUGGUGGUGCUAGAAUCAGCUGCACGGGACCAGCGCUUGUCCCGGAAAACGGGGGUAAGUGAGAUCUGCACACACGGAACAGGGAGAAAUGAGUGAGAUGAGAUGUGAGAUAUCGAUGAUUCGUGUGUGCCACCCGAUAGGGCAUGUGGAGAGGUGUACCUGGUGUGGAUAUCACGGCGUGGCGGAUCUGGGUCGCUGUACAAGGGGGGGGGGGAAGUGGUUGGCAGACCUCAGGAUGGGCGCUGCAGGGGGAGGGAGAGGGAGGGCGGGGUCGGUGACUAGAGAUGGAUGAAUCAGGGCAUCAUCCCGGUCAACAUGGCCGUCUCAGCGAGUGCUCACGAGGCGUCGUUGAGGCGCAAUGGCCGCCCUAAUGUCUUGUUGGGGAGAUCAGAUCUCGGGAUCUUGACCUCGUGGGGUCAAUCUGUGACCCGCAUGUUGUCCAGCACGCUCUCCCGGUCGUGCUGGUAUCAAAAUCAUGCCUCUAGGGUUCAGGGUUCGCGAGGUUUGAAGGGUCUAGGGUUCAGGGUUCGCGAAUCUCGACGGGGACGAGGAGUCUGGGGCUGAUCUUUUGUGUGUGUGCAGCCCUCGCCAGCCCGGUCAUGAUGGCUACCAAGCCAUAGGUUCGCACGUCACCCCCCAAAACCACCCAGGGGGCCGCCUUGAUGCGGGGGUCAGUGCGGUGAAGUGGUGAGAAAUGCAAUUUGGUG